UAUAUUGUCGCUUAAAACCCUAGCCGUCCUUUCUUGCUUUUCCCUUUCGCAGUGUUUACAGCCUCCUCAUCGCGCGAAGAUCCAAGGAAGAGAAAAAUGGCAGCUCCUUUGCUUAACAAGAAAAUCGUGAAAAAGCGUGUCAAGCAGUUCAAAAGGCCUCAAAGUGACCGCAAGAUUUCUGUUAAGACAAACUGGCGAAGGCCAAAGGGUAUUGACUCACGUGUCAGGAGGAAGUUUAAAGGAGUCACUCUCAUGCCCAAUAUCGGUUAUGGCUCAGACAAGAAGACUCGUCACUAUCUCCCCAACGGAUUUAAGAAAUUUGUCGUGCACAAUGUCAAAGAACUGGAGCUUUUGAUGAUGCACAACAGGACUUACUGUGCGGAGAUUGCUCAUGAUGUUUCCACCCGGAAGAGGAAGGAGAUUGUUGAGCGUGCAUCACAGUUAGACGUUGUUGUCACCAACAAAUUGGCCAGGUUGCGCAGCCAGGAGGAUGAGUAAACUGGAAGUGCUAGAUUAUGUUGUUUUACUUUUGGUUUAUCUCUAUGCUUAGGGCAGUUAUGGGUACUGUACUUUUUUUGUGUUCAAGAUUUUUGUUUCAUCUUGUUUUCAAUGGCUUUAUUUUGUGGACAACUUGCUACUUAAGACUCGUUUGAAACCACAAAGGGUCCCCCGUCCCCAAUAUUUUGUAUUCCUGGUCAUGUAACUUUGUCGUUUUGCUGAUGAAAUUGAUGGGACGAAGGAAGUUUUCUCAGUUCA